AUGGUCGCCUUGCUGGGUUACGUACUGUGGAAGGUUGUGAAGAUCCUUGUCAUAUCCCCUCUUCGGUCCACCCUACGAGAUCUGCCGGGACCCCCCAGUCCUAGUCUGGUCUUCGGUAAUCUCGCUGAUAUUCAGAAGGCCAACGACCCAGCGUUGCACGAGUCUUGGGUGGAGGCAUACGGUCCGACGCUCACCUACAAAGGCUGGCUCAACUCGUAUAAGCUGUAUACUCAUGAUACUAGAGCACUGGCACAUAUACUCAGCCACUCGAAUGACUACGCUAAGCCUGAAUUGGAUGCUUUCUUUCUCAACAAGAUCAUUGGUCGAGGUCUGAUCGUCGUGGAGGGCGAGCAGCACCGCCAACAGCGUCGUGUUCUCAAUCCAGCUUUCGGGCACGCUCAAAUCCGGGAGCUCACAGGGAUCUUCGUCGAGAAGGCGCAGCAGCUACGGGACUUCUGGAGCGACCAAAUUGCAGUUACCGGUGCUCUAACUAGGAUUGAUGUUACUGCUGGUCUAAGCAAGAUGACUCUAGACGCGAUCGGACUCGCCGGUUUCAACUAUGACUUGAAUGCUUUGGACGGCAGGCCGAACGAGCUGAAUGAGGCAUUCACCGCCAUGUUCCAGGUCGUUACAAAUACGACGGCGGCUUUUACCUUCGUUCUCAAAUACACAUUUCCUAUCUUAGAUCUAAUUCCGGACAACUAUGCAAGAGGGACAAAUGCAGGGCAAGCCGUCGCACGACGGGUGGGCAUGAAGCUUAUUGAGGACAAGAAAGCGGAGAUCAUGCAGGCUUCAUCUGAUGGGAAGGGGGCUGGUGACACCUUAGGCAAUCGUGACCUUCUCACUCUGCUCAUCAAGGCCAACAUGAGUACAGACAUCCCGGAAAACCAACGCCUGUCUGACGAAGAUGUCCUUGCACAGGUGCCGACAUUCCUCAUUGCAGGACACGAGACGACGAGUUAUGGGACAGGCUGGAGUCUGUUCGCUCUCGCUCAAGUGCCUCAUGUCCAGUGCAAGCUUCGCGAAGAGCUUCUCGGUGUGCUGACGGACACGCCUUCGAUGGAUGAGCUGAACGCCCUCCCCUAUCUGGACGCGGUGGUGCGCGAAACAAUGCGGCUAUAUGCACCCGUCCCUGUUACUGCGAGGGAAGCAUGCAGAGAUGAUGUGAUCCCUCUCAAUGCGCCGUACACCGACCGGCAUGGCCAGGUGCAUGAUCACAUCGAGAUUCAGAAGGGCACUGCGAUCCUGAUUCCUAUCCUGGCUCUGAAUAGAUCCAAGACACUGUGGGGAGAGGAUGCUUUCGAGUUCAAACCGGAGCGCUGGGAGAAGCUGCCCGAAGCGGUUCAGAGCAUCCCCGGUGUAUGGGGUAACUUAAUGACCUUUGCGGGCGGGCCACGUGCAUGCAUCGGAUAUCGUUUCUCGCUCGUCGAGAUGAAGGCGUUACUCUUCGUCCUUGUGAGGGCGUUCGAGAUCGAGCUCGCGCUUCCCGCGAACGAUAUCAUCAAGAAGGUUGCCAUUGUCCAGCGCCCAUACAUCCGGGAUCAGCUUGAAGCGGGGAGCCAGUUGCCUCUGCUCUUCAAACCGUAUCAGGCUGCGUGA